GUCGCCUUCUCCCCCGUCCCCGGCGGCAGCAGCAGCAGCGGGCGAGAGCGAGCGGGCGCGCCUGGCCGCCGAGCUGCUCCCUCCAGCCGAAGGAAGGCGCCUCUCCCGCUCCUGCGCCUCCUCCUCGCGGCGGCCGGCGGGGGCGGACGGGGUGGCGCUGCUGCCGGCCAUGGCCACCUGCUGCGGCGGCGGCGGCGCCCGGUCUCCUCGGAGCGGCGCAGCGCUUAGGCGGGCAGCGGCGGCGGCGGCGGGCACCUGGCCAGGGCGCACCUGAGCGAGCCACGCGGAGGAGGGGCGCUGCUGGUGGCCGGGGAGCCCCGCUGGGGAGCCCGGUCGUGGGGCGGGCUCUGGCAGGCAGCCUGCGCUCGGCCCUCGCCGGAGCAGUCCGGAGGAGGAGGAGGAGGAGGCAGCACGACUUGUAGCGGCGGCAGCAGCAGCAGCGGAGCCGCCUGCCUGGGAGGGAGAAGAUGCCAUUUCACCACGUCACGGCUGGGCUGUUGUACAAGGGAAAUUAUCUGAACCGGUCCCUCUCUGCUGGCAGCGACAGCGAACAGUUGGCCAACAUCUCCGUGGAAGAACUGGACGAAAUCCGCGAAGCUUUCCGAGUGCUGGACCGUGAUGGCAAUGGGUUUAUCUCCAAGCAGGAGCUGGGCAUGGCCAUGCGCUCCCUGGGAUACAUGCCCAGCGAGGUGGAACUGGCUAUCAUCAUGCAGCGCCUUGACAUGGACGGAGAUGGUCAGGUUGAUUUUGAUGAAUUCAUGACGAUACUUGGACCGAAACUGGUGUCAUCAGAAGGGCGGGAUGGCUUUCUCGGGAAUACAAUUGACAGCAUUUUCUGGCAGUUUGACAUGCAGCGGAUAACGCUGGAGGAGCUGAAGCACAUCCUGUAUCACGCGUUCCAGGACCACUUGACCAUGAAAGACAUUGAGAACAUCAUCAUCAACGAGGAGGAGAGUUUGAACGAGAACUCGGGCAACUGUCAAACGGAAUUUGAAGUGCAUUCUCAGAAACAGAACCGGCAGACCUGCGUACGGAAGAGCUUGAUAUGCGCUUUUGCUAUGGCCUUUAUUAUCAGCGUCAUGUUGAUCGCUGCCAACCAGAUUCUCCGGAGUGGCAUGGAGUAACCAUCACACUGUGAAACAAACGCGAUCGGCGCACGCGCAUGCCUGCAGGUGACCUUUCUCCCCGAUCAACUUUCAAGCAAAUGGGCCUCAGGAGCGAGCCACACGCGAAGCGGAGCGAGUCGGAUGAGGAGGACGGUUCGGCCCGGAUCCCCGCCGAGGCCGGCUACAGCUUCUGUCUCGUAACUCAACUCUAUCCUCUUAGCAGGGACAAAACAAAGGGCUGUUUUGAUGCUUGAAUGGUUUGUUUUCCUUUCCGUUUGGUUUUCUAAUGCAAUAAUCACAGACCUGUAAGAGCCCUGAAUGGUUUCUUUUCCGGCACGGCGGAAUUCUGGAUUCUCUUUCAUCCUCUUUUGCGCUCUUCAUUUCCUGUCUGUGAAGGAAACUUCACAAGAGUUUGUUGGCCGUCUUCUGGGCAUAGAAGACCGUCUUCUCAAGCAUAGAUUUUGGAUGGUCCGACUUCCCCAGGGGACUUUAGUGUUGGUUGGUUGGUUUUUUCCGUUUUCAGAAAAAGUUUCCUCUGGCAUGGAGGGGGACGGCCGAAGGGACCUUGCAGAGGAUGUCUCGAUGCCGACAGCAGUGAUGUUGCACAGAGGAUUUCGGUUGAUUUGUUCCACAUAAGGCCAGGCACUGUUUUUUAAUGGCAUCUCACCCUUACAGUCUGCUUAUUCAUCCAGGGUUGUUGUUUUUUUAAAAAGAAGAAACCAACCACACACACACACACACACACACACACACACACAGCAUGCUGGGAAUUUUGUAGGGUCAAUGCAACGUCUUCCUACUCCAUUUCAAAGCCAAACGCCUCGAUCCAAUGUAUAAACACAAGUGUGCAUUGAAUGUACAGGCUACUGACUUUGUUUUGAAUCUACUCAGACAUCCCAAACCUGGCUGAGAUCCCCUCCCAUUUUCACACUUUUACGAUGGAGAUCUUAGACGUACGUAAGACUGUUUCGGGAGGCAAUAUUGAAGCAAGCAAAUACACGUGGCUUGUCUCAGUUGGGGGAGUAACCCCCGAAGCUUUGUCAAUAGAUGCACCCAUUGAUUUGUAGCAACCUUGGUGACAAUUCAAUGAGCCCCCUUUGCAAGAAGAGCUGCUACCUGGAUCUCCAGCGAGCCCUCGGGGAGGUCAGGAACUGGCCAACGAGAUCAAGUUGCAAGCAAUCCACGCAGCCUAACUGGCUGACAGUCAGGGAUGUGUGAAUCGAUUCAAUUUCGAAUCGAUUCAACUUGAAUCUGGCCAAUUUGAACGGUUUGGGUUUGAAUCGAGUCACCCCUAAAAGGGGGGAUUUGAUUUGAAUUUGAAAUGAAACAGCCAGAUGUGAAUUUGAAUACAUUCGAAUCAGAUCAGAAGCCCUUUAGGGACAUCUCGGCACCUUUUAAAAACCCUGAUUGGUCCCAAAGGCACCAAACUAGAUUAGAAUCCAAAUCAAUUCUAUUCAAAUUCGAAUCAAAUUGGCCUGUGUCAGGCAAUUCGGUUUGAAUCCAAAUUAAAUGGGUCAGUUCUGAUUUGAAUUCGGCUCGAAUCGGAACACUUGAUUCGUGCACAUCGCUACUGACAGUAGGCAGUCAUCCGGCUGCACAUCUUGAGCUCAAGUCAUCUUUCCAUGGUGGGGUCCCACCACUUAGGAACAGAGGAAGCUGCCUUCUACCGAGUCAGACCCUUGGUCCAUCUAGCUCAGUAUCGUCUUCACGGACUGGCAGCAGCUCUCCAAGGGUUAAGUCAGGGGCCUCUCUCAACCCUACCUGGAGAUGCUGCCAAGGUUUCAACCUGAGACCUUCAGCAUGCAAGCAUGCAGAUGCUCUUCCAUGCUUUCCCUUCUUAGGCAGCAACCAUGGGGGUUUGCAUCAGAACUACAGUGUGAGGUGGGGGGGUUAACCUUUGACCCACCCCACCACCACCACCACCCCAAUCUCUAUCUGCCCUGCGGCUGCUAUUUGACCUGGGAAGAAAACAGACACUGGAAGCUGCUGAAUACUGAGUCAAGCCACUGAUCCGUCUAGCUCUGCAUUGUCAACACUGACUGGCAGCAGUAGAUGGACUGCAGACGGGCAUUUCCUAGGCUUCCCUGGAGAGGCAGCCAGGAAUUGAACCUGGGACCUUCUGCACGCACAGAAGGGCUGUACAGCUGAGCUAUAUCCCUACAUUCCAGAUUGCUUUGCCCUUCAUAUCACGUCCAUCCAUUGCACAAGAGAGCUUCCGGGACUAUUAUUCAUAAUAAUUGUGCCCUGUUUUUCGGUUUAAAACCAGCAAAGCCUGUGGGAAGCCUAUGGGCUUCCAACGGCAUCUGGUGGGCCAUUGUGUGAAACAAGACGCUGGACUAGACAGGCCGUGGGCCUGAUCCAGCGGGGCUGUACUGAUGUUCAGAGAAGCUUACAAAAGAAAAAGGCCAUCAAAUCUAGACUCAAUGACCAUUAGGGCUAUAAUGAAUCCAUAAAGAUUUGUCCCAUUCACAUGGAAUGCGGAACCGAAAGGGCCUGAAGUUGCCAUUUUUGUCCAUUUGAAUGUGUGCAACCGCGGUUCGGACCCCAAAGCGACCCAAAAUUUCCCUCCCGAGACUCCGAUUCGAACUUUCGGUUUGUAGUGGGUUUCUCCGCUAGGCUGACGGUGCCAGCGUUGCGUCCGAACGCUGCACCUCAGUCCGACUGUGCUGCAACCAGAUUUGGAGGAGGAAGCUCCUCCCUCGCUCCGGUCUUUCAGUCCAGAAGGAAGCCCAAACAGCCGGGUCCUCCUCCUCUCUGCAGCCUCCUGUCCAUCACAUCUGAUCGUGGACUGGAGAGUGUGGGAGAGCAAAACCGAUUCGAGCAAAUUUUGUGCACAUCCCUACCAUUAGAUGUCAAAAUCCUAUUAUGCUCCAGCAUGCCAGAAGAGAGUAGCCCCCUCCAUGGAGAGCUGGUCUUGUGGCAGCAAGCAUAACUUGUCCUCUUUGCUAAGCAGCAUCCACCCUGGCUUGCAUUUGAAUGGGAGACUAUAUGCCUGAUCAUGAUAAGAUAUUCCCCUUAGGGGAUGGAGUUGCUCUGGGAAGAGCAUCUGCAUGCAGAAGGUUCCAAGUCCCCCCCCCCCGAUAUCUCCAAAGUAAGGCUGAGAGAGAUUCCUGCCAGCAACCUUGGAGAAGCCGCUGCCAGUCUGUGAAGACAAUACUGAGCUAGGUGGACCAAGGGUCUGACUCAGUAUAUGGCAGCUUCCUAUAUUCCCUAAGAUCUUUCCUGGCUUGAGAUCUUUUUAGGAGAGGAAAGCUGGUCUUGUGGUCGCAAGCAUGCCUUGUCCCCUUAGCUAAGCAGGGUCCACCCUGGUUGCAUAUGAAUGGGAGACUAGAACUGUGAGCACUGGAAGAGAUUCCCCCUCAGGGGAUGGAGCCAAUCUGGGAAGAGCUGAAGGUUCCCAGUUCCCUCCCUGGCAGCAUCUCCAAUGAGAUAGGGCUGGGAGAGAGACUCCUGCCAGCAACCUUGGAGAAGCUGCUGCCAGUCUGUGAAGACAAUACUGAGCUAGGUGGACCAAGGGUCCGGCUCAGUAUAUGGCAGCUUCCUAUGUCCCUAUGUUUCUGUGUCCCAGCUCUGUGCCACUGAACCUCACUUCCAUAGCUACAGCCUCUUUUUUGCAGAACAACAAUAAAAAAUGGAUUUUGCACACAUACACUCAGGCAUGGGAGGCGUGUUUAAUCUUGUAAUCUACAUUCAAGAAUUAUAUUAUUACUCCAGAGGUAUCAGUAUAUAGAAAACCUCAGGCUGCAUCUCCAUUUAAAAGGGUAGCUGGUCUUGGAGAUUAGCUGCCAGUCAGAGCAGGGUAACAAUGGCCCAGCUAAAGCAAUGAUGGACUCUGUAUGAGGCAGCUUUCUGUGUCCACCUCCACAGCGUGGUGCUCUCACUUUUAAAUACUCGCCAUGCUUGAUCGCCAUCCAACGAGACCAUUCGCUUCAGCAAAACAAGCACAGCUCGUCAUUGCUCGCUUCUACGUCUUGCCUGUCAAAUUUCCUAGAAAGAUAUUUUUGCUAGAAGCCAAGACUUGGGCAGGCCCAGUAAAACUUUGUCUAAGUGUGUUGAAAGAAGUAUUGUACACUUUUUUUUAUAUGAUGGGAGAAGUUGAUUCUGGCACCAGGAAUGACACUAAGGGGCGUGGGGAGGGGAGGACAAACUUUAUGGUAAAUUUUUUGGUUUAUGGUUUAUUCCAAGAACGAUGAGAGUUUUCUACUUUUCUAGCUGAGAUCUGAAAAAACUGGGUUGGAUUUUAUCAGGAGCGCUUCAGACGUCUUUCCUGGUCUGGGGGAAAUGGUGCCCUGUGUGAAACCUCUGAAUGCCAUUCCCAUAAUGAAAUUAUUAUUAUUACUUAAUGAAAAACACAAGUAUUGUGUUUUAAUGAAACACUGAAUGAAAACACUUAAUGGAAAACACAAGUGAUUGCCAUUAUUAUUUUAAAUAUUUAUGCCCCGCCCCUCCUGUGCUCCACUAUUCUGGGCACUUUACAACAUUAAUACAAUAGAUACAAUAUAGAACAAUAAAAAUAAUGCAAUUAAUUUAAUUAAUUGGUGCAAUUAAUUUAAUUAAUUGGUGCAAUUAAUUUAAUUAAUUGGUGCAAUAAUUAAUGCAAUUAAUUGCAGGGUCUGUGGUGGUGGUGGUGCAUCAUCCAGAGCCUUUUGGAUGGGGCAAAUGUAAUAAAUUAUUACAAAUGUAAUAAAUAAAUAAUAAGUAUAUUGGGGGGGGGAGAGACCAGGCUAAAAUGGACAAUUAAAAUGACACAUUUGAAAUUAAAAGUUGUAACUAGAAAAACCUAGCAGCUGGAAGCAGCACCAUAAAAAUAUGAUUUUAAAAAAUAUUUUAUUAAAAAAGAAAUAUGAUCCCCGUGCUCUGUUAAGCCGACCCUGUUUUCAGAAUGGAGGAAGACGCAUAGCUCAGAGGUAGGGCACAUCCUUUGUGUGGCUAGAGUCGUAGACUAGCGCAGGAGAGGCCUGGGUUCAAAUCAAGUUGCCACCCUGCUCCGAAUCUUGCUGGGGAGGGUGUCUUGGACCAGUCACUAUCUCUCAGCCUAAUCUACCUCACAGGGUUGUUGUAUGAAGUGGUGGUGGCCACUCAACUUCGGUGGCUUCCAAAGGGGAUUUGGACAAGUUUGUAGUGGAAAGAGUCCAGCCACGCUUUGGUGGGGCCUCCAUGGUCAGGAGCAGUAUGCAGGAGAACCGUGGCAGGAGAGGGGAAAUGCAGAGGCAGCCCACGGUGGGAACCCAGACGAGAUAAUCCUUGGGCCUGAUCCAGCAAAGCCCUGCUGAUAUUGCGAUAUUGAGAAAUGCCACCCUGAGGUCCUUGAUGGUCAAUUCCAGUUUCAAAUCAAAUCAAAUCUAAGUUGAUAUGUUGGUCAUGCCGUGCGCAUAACAGCUCUCAACUCUCAAGACCUUUAUUGCGCAAAAAGAAAUUCAAGAUGGGCUAUCAAAAAUAAAAUAAAAAUACAUUUUGGUGUCACACACCAUUGUCAGUUAAACAAACAGAAACGCAUGGCUAAAACCCCCCGCUGUUACAUUCCAUACGGUUCUGGAAACUGGCACUGUUGCCUUGAAAACAGGCAAUCCAUACUUUCCCCAAGGAGCUGGAGAACAGCUAGAUUCAUUAAGGGUUUGCCUGUAUUUAAAAUACCAUUCAUCACCGACAGAUCUGCACGGCAAACCUAGAGAAUCUUGGAAAGUCAAGGAAUUAAAGUGAAAUGUAGUUUGCACAGCACCGAUAACACUAAAAUGACUCUUAGUUAACUCCGGGUUGUACCGUUAGGAGAUGUGAUGUGCAGGAUUGUGAGAUGUGUGCACAGGGGAAAGAAAUUUGUGGGAAGAAAAGUGAAAUAUCUAAAAUUCAAUGCUCAUUCUACAGGUGAAACUCGGAAAAUUAGAAUAUAGUGCAAAAGUCCAUUAAUUUCAGUCAUGCAAAUUAAAAGGUGGAUCUGAUCUAUGAGACAGACGCAUUACAUGCAAAGCGAGAC